AUGGACACUCCCCGGACAGCAAAAAUUGAUCUGAGUCAAUUGGUGCCAAAUGCCAUUGGAAUGUUGGCUUUUGACGAGAAAAAAAACGUUAUUGAAGCGUCCGGAAUUGCGAAAGAUAGAUUGAGCGACGUAGAACAGAUAAGCCAAGUCAAACUCGAUAGUGAGGGUUUUGGCCUACUUCAAGAAGAUUCAGUGCAAGUGAUCAUUUACAAGCAAGAAGACAAGACCCUUGCAGUUUAUACAUAUGCUCAAAAAUAA